CCAGGCUGACCCUCCCACUAGUGCUCUAGCCCCUCCCAGCCCCACACCAGACAAAUCCGGCCCAGGCUGGCUUCAUUGGCUAUCAGGCACUAGGGCAGGAAUGAGGCUGCCCGGCUCCCCAUGGCAGUGGGAGCUGCUGCUUCUGGAGCUGCUGCUCCCCUCUGCAGCCCCGUUCUGGCUGUUCAAUGUGCUCUUCCCCCCGCACACCACGCCCAAGGCUGAGCUCAGUAACCACACACGGCCCGUCAUCCUCGUGCCUGGCUGCAUGGGAAAUCAGCUGGAAGCCAAGCUGGAUAAGCCAGAUGUGGUGAACUGGAUGUGCUACCGCAAGACAGAGGACUUCUUCACCAUCUGGCUGGACCUCAACAUGUUUCUGCCUCUGGGGGUAGACUGCUGGAUCGAUAACACCAGGGUCAUCUUCAAUCGCAGUUCAGGGCGCCUAUCCAAUGCUCCUGGUGUGCAGAUCCGUGUCCCUGGCUUUGGCAAGACCUACUCUGUCGAGUAUCUGGACAACAACAAGUUAGCAGGUUACAUGCACACCCUGGUGCAGAAUCUGGUGAACAAUGGGUAUGUGCGGGACAAGACCGUGCGGGCCGCCCCCUAUGACUGGCGGCUGGAGCCCAACCAACAGGAAGAAUACUACCGCAAGCUGGCCGAACUAGUGGAGGAGAUGCACACAGCCUAUGGGAAGCCGGUCUUCCUCAUCGGGCACAGCCUCGGCUGCUUGCACCUGCUCCAUUUCCUGCUGCACCAGCCCCAGUCCUGGAAGGACCGCUUCAUUGAUGGCUUCAUCUCGCUGGGGGCUCCCUGGGGUGGCUCCAUCACGCUCAUGCAGGUUCUGGCCUCAGGUGACAACCGGGGCAUCCCGAUCAUAUCCAGCAUCAAGCUGAAAGGGCAGCAGCGCAUGACAACGGCCUCCCCCUGGAUGUUUCCCUCCAGCAUGGCGUGGCCUGAGGACCACGUGUUCAUCUCCACGCCUGAUUUCAACUAUACAAGCCGUGACUACCAGCGCUUCUUUGAAGACCUACACUUUGAGGAAGGCUGGUACAUGUGGCUCCAAUCCCGCGAUUUGCUGGCAGGCCUACCUGCACCGGGGGUGGAAGUUUAUUGUCUGUAUGGAGUGGGCAGGCCCACGCCCCGAACCUACAUCUAUGACCACGGCUUCCCUUACGAGGACCCCGUGGAGGUACUCUAUGAGGACGGGGAUGAUACAGUGGCCACACGCAGUACAGAGCUCUGUGCCAGCUGGAGGCACCGCCAGACGCAGCCUGUGCACCUGCUGCCACUGCACAAGCUCCAGCACCUCAACAUGGUCUUCAGCAACCAGACCCUGGAGCACAUCAACAGCAUCUUGCUGGGGGCCUAUCGCAAUAACACCUCCAGAUCCCCCACUGCCAGCCCCAAACCCCCACCCUCUGAAUAAAAUCUUACGUAUGCUUCA